GAAGCCACACAAAGGGGGGAGGGUAACUGGCUCUAGGGUUGCCAUGUGUGCAGGGAACAAACUCCAAAACUUCAGAGCGAAAAGCUUAGUCAGUGUAAUGUGGAUGCUGACAGAGCCAGAAGGAACAUCCUGGGAUUUCAAUCACUAUUUUGUCGAAGCCUCCUUUAGCACUUCCACCUCCCACCCCUGAAGGGUCCAAAGGUCCGAGGUCUGAGUCAUUUUUAGGAGCGUGGUGCCUUCACUUGCACAACUUUUCUCGAGUGAAGCAACCGGUGUGGUGCAGGUCUCCGUUGCACCGCAGCAGACGCGUUUGAAAAGUCCCACAACUUGUUGAGAGACAGAAGGCGGUGUAAACAUGUCAGCCACACGGAUGCAGCUGCUGUCACCCAGAAACGUCCUGCUUUUAAGCCAGGGUGGAAACGAAUUGUUUGCCGGUUGCAGCGGAGCGCGGCGGGCCGGCUGCGGUGUUAGUGGUGGUGGUGUUGGUGGAGUUGGUGGUCGUCCCAGGGUCCGCUCACUGACCUCUCACCCUCUGUCCUCCUCUCCCGGCAGAGCUUUAUCGAGUCUGAGUGCGACGCGGCGCGGGCUCCCCAAAGAGAAAAUGUCCGAGAACGGAGUGUCGUCCCGGGCCAAGGUGUUGACCAUCGACACCAUGAACCCCACGGUGAAGAAGGUGGAGUACGCGGUGCGGGGGCCCAUCGUGCAGCGGGCUGUGGAGCUAGAGAGGGAGCUCUCUGAGGGAAUGAAGAAGCCCUUUGCUGAGGUCAUCAAGGCCAACAUUGGCGAUGCCCAUGCUAUGGGCCAGCAGCCAAUCACUUUCUUCCGACAGGUCUUGGCGCUCUGCUCCUACCCUGAACUGCUGAAUGACAGCACAUUCCCAGAGGAUGCUAAAAGUAGAGCACGCUGCAUUCUGCAGUCCUGUGGAGGGAACAGUAUGGGUUCCUACAGUGCCAGUCAGGGAAUAGACUCUGUGCGCCAGGAUGUGGCCCGCUACAUUGAGCGAAGGGAUGGCGGUGUGCCCUGUGACCCAGACAACAUUUACCUCACCACAGGGGCCAGCGAUGGCAUUGUGACCAUGCUGAAGCUGCUGGUGUGUGGCGAGGGUGCGACCCGUACAGGCGUCAUGAUCUCCAUACCUCAGUAUCCCCUGUACUCGGCUGCGCUGGCUGAGCUGGGCGCCGUGCAGGUCAACUAUUACCUUAAUGAGGAAAAGUGCUGGAGUAUGGACAUCAGCGAGCUGCAGCGCGCCCUGGACGAAGCUCGCCGCCACUGCAACCCCCGAGCCCUGUGCAUCAUCAACCCUGGAAACCCCACUGGUCAGGUUCAGAGCAGACAGUGCAUUGAGGAUGUAAUCCGAUUUGCAGCAAAGGAACGUCUGUUCCUCAUGGCUGAUGAGGUGUACCAGGAUAAUGUGUAUGCUGAUGGAUGCCAGUUCCACUCUUUUAAGAAGGUUCUGUUUGAGAUGGGGCCAGAGUACUCAAAUACAGUGGAGCUGGUAUCUUUCCACUCCACCUCUAAAUGUUACAUGGGAGAGUGCGGCUUCCGUGGAGGCUACAUGGAGAUCAUCAACAUGGACAAUGAGGUGAAGGCCCAGCUGACCAAGCUUGUGUCUGUCCGCCUGUGUCCUCCGGUUCCUGGACAGGCUCUAAUGGACCUGGUGGUCAACCCUCCACAGCCUGGCGAACCUUCAUAUGAAAACUUUAUCAAGGAGCGCACAGCCACCUUAAGUGCCUUAGCGGAGAAGGCCAAGCUUACAGAGCAGGUUCUCAAUACGGUGCAAGGCAUCAGCUGCAAUCCUGUGCAGGGUGCCAUGUACUCCUUCCCUCGCAUAACCAUUUCUGAAAAGGCCGUCAAAGAGGCCACGGACAAUGGUCAGCAGCCAGAUAUGUUUUACUGCAUGAAGAUGCUGGAGGAGACAGGGAUCUGCCUCGUACCUGGAAGUGGCUUUGGCCAGAAGGACGGAACCUACCACUUCAGAAUGACCAUCUUGCCACCGACAGACAAGCUGAAGAUCCUUCUGAACAAAGUCAAGGAGUUCCACCAGAAAUUCACACAACAGUAUUCUUAAAUUUCUUCAUCUCUUCCACCAUCUCUUCCACCAUUCACCAGCUACAUAAAAACAAGAAGAAGAACUUAGCCAAUCACAAUGUAUGUGUCAGUAAUAAGUGCCUUUCCUACAGAGGCUCUGGUGGUCUCUGUGAUGACACACUUCAGCCUCUACAACUAUCUGUUUUGGACAUGCAGACUGUAUACAAUCGACUGUUUUGUGUCAGUAAACUAAACUGGAGUCAAAGAAAUUAACAGACGUGUCAGUUUGGUUUGAAAAGUAAGUGUGUGUGU